CACCUCUUCACUUCAUCCACGACGUGUCUCAGAAUUGCGUCUACUAGCUGGAGCAUUUUUGUUUAUUCUUUGAUUUGCAGAUUUAUAGAAUCGCAGAGUCGUCCAAUAUAGAGUUUGUUGGUAUUCUUAGUCUUGUUGAUAUAGGUUGCUGAUCAAUCCGAUUGCUGUAAUCAUAAACUAACACCACCAUCCUAUUUGCAACCCCAACGUAGCUGUUACUUAUAGUCUUGCUACUAUUCACAUUUGCCAUUUGUUUCUGAUUCGAAUUCUUGAAUUUUCACUGGAUUUUUCAUCGAGUCGUCUCCAUUCUCAUUUUAAAAACAAUAUUCAACUACAACCAUGUCGUUUCGUGUCUUAGAUCUCGUGAAACCAUUCACGCCGUUUGUGCCUGAAAUCAUCGCCCCGGAAAGAAAAGUGUCCUUUCAACAAAGAGUCAUGUGGACCGGUGUCACGUUGCUCAUCUUCUUGGUGAUGUCGGAAAUCCCCUUGUACGGGAUCGUUUCUUCAGAUUCGUCCGACCCUUUGCUCUGGUUGAGAAUGAUGUUGGCCUCCAACAGAGGAACUUUAAUGGAAUUGGGUAUCUCGCCAAUUGUUUCUGCCGGAAUGAUCUUCCAGUUGUUGCAAGGUACCAAGUUGAUCCACGUUGAUAUGACCAACAAGAACGACAGAGAACAAUUCCAAACUGCCCAAAAGUUACUCGCCAUCCUUUUGGCCGUUGGUCAAGCUACGGUUUACGUCUUGACCGGUAUGUAUGGACCUCCUUCCUCGUUAGGAACGGGUGUCUGUUUGUUGUUGGUAUUGCAAUUGGUGUUUGCUGGUAUUGUUGUCAUUCUUUUGGAUGAAUUGUUGCAAAAGGGUUACGGUUUAGGUAGUGGUAUCUCUUUGUUCACUGCCACUAACGUCUGUGAACAAGUUUUCUGGAAGGCUUUCGCUCCUACCACCUCUAGUUCUGGUAAGGGUACCGAGUUCGACGGUGCAGUUGUAGCCUUGUUCCACUUGUUGGGAUCCAGAAAGGACAAGAAGAGAGCCUUGUUGGAAGCUUUCUACAGACCAAAUGCUCCAAACAUGCUCCAAUUGUUAGCCACUGUGUUUGUCUUCUUUGCCGUCGUUUAUUUGCAAGGUUUCAGAAUCGAAAUCCCCAUCAAGUCCACCAGACAGAGAGGUCCUUACAGCUUGUACCCAAUCAGGUUGUUCUACACCUCCAACAUUCCUAUCAUGUUGCAGAGUGCUUUGAGCUCCAACAUUUUCAUUAUCUCGCAAUUGUUGUUUGUCAGAUGGCCAAACAACGCCUUUGUCAAGAUCUUGGGUAGCUGGGACGCCAGACCUGGUGCAUCUCAGUUGUACGCUGUUGGCGGUUUGUCUUACUACAUCCAGCCACCUUUCUCGUUCUCGGAAGCCUUAUUGGACCCAAUCAAGACAACUGUCUACAUUGUCUUUGUCUUGGGAUCGUGUGCUGUUUUCUCUACCACCUGGAUCGAAAUUUCCGGCACUUCUCCAAGAGACGUAGCCAAGCAGUUCAAGGAACAGGGUUUAGUUAUUGCUGGUCACAGAGAUACUUCUGCCUACAGAGAGUUAAAGAAGAUUAUCCCCACUGCAGCAGCCUUUGGAGGUGCCUCCAUUGGUGCCUUGUCUGUUGUCUGUGACUUGAUGGGUACCUUGGGUUCGGGAACUUCCAUCUUGUUGGCUGUCACCACCAUUUACGGCUACUACGAGUUGGCUGUGAAGGAAGGUGGUUUCAACAAAUCGAUUGUUGGUGGUUUCACCGACGGUAUCUAGAUCACCCUGAGGUAGAUCUGGGCCCUUAGUAUUUUCCCUACUAUGCUUAAUAGCCCACCUAAUGGAAGAAAAGACCAUUUGCCAUUUUGUAUAUCUUAUACUUAUUCUUAGUUUUAUGCAAGCUAUAGAG